UGACAGCUGCACACAUGAACUCCAAUGCUGCAGACGGAGUUGACCACACGCUGAUUUUACGUCUCGAUAACUGCUCCUCGGCGUUUUAAUUUAAACGGGCCAAGAAUACGACAUGACACCCCUGUCAUCUCUACGGACUGACCACAAAAGCGUAGGAGGGUUGAGCCGCCUGCUAGUUCGGAGCUGCUAGCUAAUGUUAAUAAUGGUUAGCUCGCAGGCUAAUGGUAACUAGCUGCUGAGCGGAGUCUUGUUCUGCUUUGUGCCGUCAGUUGGCUAGCGUUUCAUAGCUGGCUCACUAGCGAAGGUCGGAGGGGCUAACGUUAGCUGGUGGUCAAGAGCGUUUAGUUAGCCAUUCAGCACCACUGUUGUGUCAUUUGUAUAAUAUGUUUUAGAGCUGGAUGCUAAUUUGUGUUUCUUUUUUCCACGGGGCUUCGCAUUGUUCUUGUUUUGCGCGUUUAUUAAUUUUACAAAAUUUACGGUUGAUGUUAGCUCGCUAGCAAGCCACUCGGCUAUGCUAACGCCAGCUCAGUGAGACCUCACAUCGCAGGGGUGCGGAGAGCUCCAGACGAGUCAAGGAAGGAAGAGAGGUGACUUAUGAUGUGGGCUGAAGGAAGCGGCGGACUGGUAGGCGAAGGAGAGCAGCAGUAUUAGCUUUAACAGAUUGUAUUUUCUCAUAUUAGUCCUCGUCAAGGUAGGGCCAUAGCGUCAGCCAAGCUGUGUGGGACGUUGGAUGAAGAAAAGAAUUGGGGGCACUUUGAUUUUGCGUGCUGGCUAAAUGAAUAGUAUUGGCGUAACAGAGUCGUGAGCUGGUGGCCACUGUGCCAGCUUCAAGGGAAGACACUCUGUCAAGAUUAUCGCACAGACUGCAAUAACCAGCCAGUUUACUUAAAGAUGGCUUCGGCGAGCAGUAUUGCCGCAUCUAUUGCGAGCAAAACGAAGACCAAGAAGAAACACUUCGUUGCUCAGAAAGUGAAGCUCUUCCGUGCCAGCGAUCCCCUGCUCAGCGUGGUUAUGUGGGGAGUCAACCAUUCGAUAAAUGAGUUAAGCCAUGUUCAGAUUCCCAUCAUGCUCAUGCCAGAUGACUUCAAGGCCUAUUCUAAAAUCAAAGUGGACAACCACCUCUUUAACAAGGAGAACAUGCCCAGCCAUUUCAAGUUCAAGGAGUACUGCCCUCUGGUGUUUCGAAACCUCAGAGAGAGAUUUGGGAUUGAUGAUCAGGACUUCUUGAACUCACUGACACGCAGUGCUCCCUUGAACAGUGAGGCCCAGGGACGGAGCGGGGCCCGCUUUCAUACCUCUUAUGACAAACGCUACGUCAUCAAGACCAUCAGCAGCGAGGAUGUGGCCGAGAUGCAUAACAUUCUAAAGAAAUACCAUCAGUUCAUCGUGGAGUGCCAUGGCAACACACUGCUGCCUCAGUUUCUGGGGAUGUACCGACUCACCGUGGAUGGAGAUGAGACCUACAUGAUUGUUACUCGCAAUGUCUUUUCUCACCGGCUUUCUGUCUACAAAAAAUAUGAUCUCAAGGGUUCCACUGUGGCAAGAGAGGCGAGCGACAAGGAGAAGGCCAAGGAGCUGCCCACCUACAAGGACAAUGACUUCAUCAAUGAUGGGCAGAAGAUCUACAUUGACGGGGAGAACAAGAAAAUGUUCCUGGAGAAACUCAGGAAAGAUGUGGAGUUCCUGGCCCAGCUGAAGCUCAUGGACUACAGUCUGCUGGUGGGGAUCCACGAUGUGGAGCGAGCAGAGCAGGAAGACGUGGAGAGCGAGGACAAUGAGGCCGAGGAGGAGGGCGAGAGUGACGGAGGGGGAAUCGGAACGCCCCCAGACAGUCCUAGCAACACCCUGGACAGCACCAAGCCUCUGUCACCAGGGGAGUUUGAUCCCACUAUUGACGUCUACGCCAUCAAAAGCAAUGAAACUGCUCCCAGGAAGGAGGUGUACUUCAUGGCUGUCAUAGACAUCCUUCAGCAUUACGAUGCCAAGAAGAAAGCUGCCCACGCCGCCAAGACUGUCAAACAUGGGGCCGGAGCGGAGAUCUCCACGGUGAACCCAGAGCAGUACUCCAAGAGGUUUUACGAUUUCAUCACCACUAUCCUGUCGUAGCCUCCAGGAGCGACAGGGGGCACAGAGGCACGUGGGAAAGGGAGGGCAGGUGGGGAGUAGGGCGGAGAAGAGAAGUGACGGAGAGAAAGACCAUCGAGAGGCUGAAUUAAUAAGGUGCUGUGAUGGCUUUGUAUAACUCUCCCUCAUGCAUUCUCCUCAUCCCUCCCUGUUUGUUUCUCUCUCUUUCACUGGGGUGCCACGCUCUGCAGCUAAAAAAAAAAAAAAAACACCAUUCGUUUACAUUUAACCUCUCCUCUGUUGAAUUUUGUUCAUGUGUUACUUUGGAUGACAAGGGUGUUGAAAGCAAGUGUCCAAGUCAUUACGUUUUUUUUGUCUAAUUUCUUUUUGUCAGUAUGGUUGUUUGUGUGGGAAUAUUUUUUUAUUGCUUCUAAUACGACAUCCAUAACCCUGCUUUUUUUUUCUUUUCUUUUUUUUUUGACAUUUGUCUUCCCCAUAUGAUGUUUCGGGGGAGGUGGCGGGGGAGGGUAUGAUGUGUAAAGUGUGAGGCCAGGGGGAGUGCAGAGGUCAGAGUGAGGUCCCUCUUGCAGAGUGAAGGCUUAAGCGAGACGUAACAAGGAAGCUCAUGUUGAGCCUCGCCUAAUGCAAUUGCUUCAUUUACGGAAGUAGGAAGCAGUCUUCCAAUAGGCCAACAGCCAGACCCCCACCCAAAUGCUAUACAUGUACAACAAAUCUUCCUAUUUGGGUUCCUCCAUCACUCACCCUUUAGACGCCUCCCCUCCCUCUUCCCGCUCCUUCGUGUACAGUUUCCGGGUUAUCCUCUUGCCACACAAACAAACACUUCUCAUCAGCUGAGAUGAGUUCACUUGUUGCAGUAAAUUCUUAAUGCUUGUUUCCAGCACUAGUUGCACCUCGGUGGUUGUCAGCGCUUCAUCCCUUUUGCUCCGUCAUGAUGCACAGCGAUUAAGAAAUAUUAAGUGGAGGAUAUGUACCUUUUUAGAGGAGGGAUUCGAGCACACAGAGUCAUUUACUUGCAUUCACUCUGAAUACGUUGGGCAUUGUUAUAUAGGCCUGGUUUCUGUUCCCGUGGCAGGGAAUGACCCAGAAGUCUUGUGUGGCUGAGUCACACUGAGAUAUAUCUUUGUAAAAAGGGUGUCAUAUUGAAACAUCGACAGCCCUUAAAUCUCUGUUGCCAUCAGCACCUUAUGAGUAAAAUCAAAAAUGUUGCACUUUUAUUUGUUUUCCGAGGUUAGGAGCUCUUGUUCUGUUACAUGCGCUGCAACAAAGAGGAAAAGGAACUCUGCUUUUUUUAGAAUUGAAUCUUUAGAGACCUGAGCUAAACCCUGCCCCCUCCACCAUUUUUCCACCUCUGGGUACUUCUGACUGUAGGGGUUGGUUGGGAAGAAUUUACUGCAAUACAAGAUGGGGAAAGUGGACAAGUUCUGUUUACAGGGCUUUUGUAAACCAACCCUUCCAAUCCUUUUUAGAAGUCCUCUGUGGUGGUGGUGGUGUUGUGGUGGCGGGCUUUGGGACCAGGCAACAGUGUGACUGUGCCUGUGCGUUCAGGGCAGACAGCAGACUGUUUACCUCCAGCAUCGUACCAGCACACACCCAAUGAUGGCGAACGAUGUGUGUGUCAGUGUUCAAAAGUCAGAAAGGGGAGGUGGGGAAGAGUAGCUGCAGAUGUAAAGUUACGCGUUGUUAAGUCAUUAACAACAACAGCAUCGUUCUCUUCUCUAACCUCAGCUAUGAGCCUGUUACUCAUCGUUGUUCGUGUUGUUAUUGUUGACAUUUUUUAAAGGUGGUUUAUCUGUGUUUGAAUUUGGCGGUUUUAUGAAUUGAUGUGGUAAUUUUUUUUGUUUGUUUGUUUCUGUUUGACUUUUUUUUUUUGUAUAUUUUGCACAAGAGGAAAGGAACCAAAUGUUACGAAUACGAUCCCAAUUAGCUGAUAUGGUCUUAACAAGGGAAAUGCAAUAUACUUGUGUGUAAGUGAGAAAAGCUGUUGUGAGUGUGACGUUGCGUAUCACUUCUGGAUAACCAACUUAAACAAGUAAAGUCGUCGUCCUUGAUUAUUCUAACCCAUGCAAAAAGCUUCCAUCACAAUAUGUUUUAGAUAUCAUAGAUUAUAUUCACAUUUAUAUUUUUACAUUGGAUUUUAGUCAUGAAAUAUAGUUGUAUUUAAAAAGAAAAAAAGGAGCCACCCUUUAGGAAUGAAUGAUGAUGCUGUGGUAAAUGAAGAAUGAUACUGCUUGAAUUUAUACAAUGCUUACUAUAGAUGUACUUAAAAACAAAAAAGUUUUAAAAAAAUUGCAUGUCACAGGACUAAGUUUCCUUUUCCCUCUCUAGUCUGUGUUGUUGGCUGUUCAGGUUCUCGUUGUGUCCCUAGACUUUAACCAGAUAUGUGAGCUGUUCAGCGUAAAAUAGUCCCUACCAUGCUUUAAAUAACUGUUUUUCAUUGUAUACACUGUGCAAGAUGUGUGCCUUUAUACUCCAAAAUUAUUUAAUUUUAUAUUUUGUAAUCUUUUUUUAAAACAAAUGUAAAAGGUUAUUUUAAUAAUAGGGUGUUUACUUUGACAUGCAUUUUUUCCAACUUGGUUUCCAACGCCCUGCUCAACCUUCCCCCGCCCCGACACCUCUGUGUUUAGACUCGUCAACGUUAGUGAGUCUGUUCAACAAAACUAUGCUAACGGUUGUGUUUUAAGAAAAAGUGAAUAGCUGUCUUAAAUUUGAAUAUGGUGGAUCGGUUUCAGUUCUGUACAUUCAAAUCCAUCAUUCUGAUCAUUCAGUGGCGGCGUCUGCUGAUAUUAAUCCCUUGUUCGUUUCACGCUGGUCCUGCCUUUAUAAAGAACGUGCGUGCGUGUGUGGAAGUGCAUUGUGGAACGUGCGCGUGUCGUGAUUGUGUUUUGUCGUGCUCGUCCUCGCUAAGUGACGGCUUUCCCCUCUAACCCACCUCAGGAGUCUGUCAGCAUCUCCAUCACAUUUACCCCCCCGUUUUUUUUUUAAACUGUUUGUCCAAAAUUUCAUUUACCUUCAACUCUUGUUCAUUUGUGAACCAGGUUUAUGUUCUCUUCCUUCCUUACCUCUGUAUUUUUCACCUUGCCAGAUCACCUGCGUGUCAUCAGGGAGGUUAUCAGCUGAUAGUUCAUCCUGAGUCAGUGGAUAGUUGAUAUUUCUGUGUUCUUUCACUAUUAAUGGGCUGUUUUGUUUCUAUUGUCACGUAGCUUAUACUGUACAUAGGUUGUGUCAUAAAGAAAACAGGGAACACAAUUGUCUUCUAGUCUGCUUUGCUACAUGAGCAGUGCGUGCUGGGAGAGUGAGUUUUCUUCUGUUUUGUUUUGGGAAUAUUAACUCUGGAUCUCUUGUGAGGAAGGGGAUGACGGACUCCAACAGAUGCAAAUUAAAGACGAUUACAACGCGCGCGCCCUGCUGCUGUACCAUAUAACAAGUCUUUGCUUUUGUGACUUCUCUCAUGAAUGAGCUCCCUCACCCGUUAACCCCACCCACCAGUCAACCUGCUGCCACUGCUAACUUGCCAAAAGCAUCUUUCAGCAGUCAGAACUACCCCACAUGAGCUUGAAGAACAUUGUGUAUCGUGUAACUUGUCUGUUUGUUUGAACUGAAUUUGUUUGUGGUUUUUUUUUUUUUUUUUUUUUUACAUGUACUGGGAGAUGGAGCGAAGCGGUCUCUGAUAUGUGAACAUGUCCAAAGUUCUGGGAAACAGCCCCUGGGUUCUGUGUGUGGUUUAUCAAGCGCUGAGGGAAAAUUUGGUUUGACAGAUGCAAGUGACCGGAGGCCGGGCGAGAUCAGCAGAGCUGGAAAAAAAAAGAAAAAAAAGAAAAAGGUUUCCUUUGGCUUUAAGAUUCCAAAUCAAAUCUUUAUGGAGUACAAAAUCAUUGAGAAGUAUUUGCAUGCCGAUGUCCACACACAGCAGGCCAGGAAACAGCCCCUCCUGCGAAUGAGCUUUGGUCUCACAACAGUCCUGAGUACAUUUAAGACUUAAGCAUUGGUUAAAGCAUUACUGUGUGUAUGUGUGAGUGUGUGUGUUUAUUGCUGUCUGACAAUGGUUGGUGAGAGUUCCCUUUUAGUGGCAGAGAGGCCAAAAUGUUGAUGUAUGUUUAUUGUUCUUCACAUUUAAUGAUGAUGAUGAUGGUGAUAAUAAUAAUACACUCCAUUCCAUAAGCGUUCACUCAAACCAAUUAAAGCACUUGUUCUGCUUGA